UCGCUGACACCUGUUCCGAGCGUUUAUUUGGCAUUUCAGGAUCCAUCCAAUGAGAAGAACCGGCGCGUCUGGAGGCGGAGAGAAGAGGAGAGAAGUUGGAGGAGAGAGUGAGAGACAGAUACGGAAGGACGGGGAGCGGAGCGGAGUGAGUGGAAGUCGGUGUGGUCAAAUCACUGCUCUCCGCGCGAUCCCCACCUGACGUCCAGCUUUAUGAUGCUUCUCGUUUGGACACGGAGCCACAGGUUGACCGUUUCCCUCCGCUCGUCAUGGAUUAUUCGCUCCCAACAAGCGCCCAUGGCCACUGACGGAACCGUCGAUCGAUCCCGGAUCACUGACGAAGAGACAAACUGAUCGCAAAUCACACGGACGGAGGCGACAUCUGCGCGAGGCGAAACCUGUGGAUGAAACCUGUAUGAUCGGAGGGCGAGCGGAUGAUGGCUGUGACAACAUGAAAAAGAAAAAGUGUGCUGCUCUUUUUUUAAAUCAAAUCCAGUGAUAGAAGACACUAAUCUGGGGGACAGAGAGCAGAGAGAAGACAGGUUUGCGGUCCAAGCCCUGACCAUGGAGCCGCCCGCCUCUCUGAGCAUGGCUCUGCUAGCAGGCAGCGAGGAAGAGGACCAGCGCUUCCUCCUUCCCUUGAGUGGUAUAUCCCUCCCGACCACCGCUGGAAACCAGCCAGGAGCAAACCACUCCAACCACAUGGCAGGGUCAAGUCUGAACCGACUUAAUGGAAGCAACCCAUCUCCAUCUCCUGCCACGCCUAACUUGCCUCCUGCAUCGCUCCCUAAGUUACCCCUGUCUGCAGCUGGGAUCCAGCCUCUGCCUCCGCCCAUCCCCAAUGCUUUGCAUCCCACCAGCACGCCCCUCUCCUCCUGCCUGGGAUCUCAGCACAGCCUGAGUGGCGAGAACUCACCAGUCUACAAUGCCCUCUUCUACUCCUCUCAUUCACCUUCUUUGGAGCGGGACAGAGAGCGUGACAGGGACCGAGAAAGAGGCUGCAAACACAGGCAGGCUAGUCCUCUGGUGCAUCGGCGGGACAGCAACCCCUUUACAGAGAUCGCAAUGAGCUCUUGCAAAUACACUGGUGGCGUUAUGAAACCUUUAAGUCGCCUCAGCGCCUCCCGAAGAAACCUUAUCGAAUCAGACAGCAGCAGUGAAACCAAAGAGGCAAGUGUUUCGGCUGUGAGCGCGGCAGCGGCUGCUGGAGUUCAGCGUGAGGUUCCUCUCACUUCCUUAGUGGCCCAGUCUUCGACAAAUCAGCCUCCGAUACAGAGUCCUCCAGAGAUUGUUAUUUCGUCCAAAGAAGACUCGCCGUACCCCAGAGCAGGAUAUGACAUCACAGAUUCCACAUCAAACCAGAUGUCUAUCUACCACCAAAACCAUGCGCUUGUGGAGAGCAGGCGGGCUCAGUCUGGAAGGGGCAGCAGUCAAGGGGUGGGGUCGGUGGGCACCGGGACCAGGGGAAGCACCUCCAAAGCCCCAAAACGGAAGAACCAAAACAUUGGCUAUAAACUGGGCCAUCGGAGGGCUCUGUUCGAGAAGAGGAAAAGGCUAAGCGACUACGCCCUUAUCUUCGGAAUGUUUGGCAUCGUUGUCAUGGUGAUCGAAACUGAGCUGUCAUGGGGCGUGUACACCAAGAGUUCCAUGUAUUCUCUGGCUCUGAAGUGUCUGAUCAGCCUGUCAACAGUCAUCCUGCUCGGCCUCAUCAUAGCCUACCACGCCCGUGAGGUUCAGCUGUUUGUCAUCGACAACGGAGCAGACGACUGGCGCAUCGCCAUGACGAUGGAAAGGGUUCUGCUGAUCGCUCUGGAGCUGCUGGUGUCGGCGGUGCACCCCGUGCCGGGCGACUUCAAGUUCCAGUGGCGGGCACGACUGGCCUUCUCUUACGCGCCGUCACAAGCGGAGGCCGACCUGGACAUGGUGCUCAGCGUGCCCAUGUUCCUGCGCCUCUACCUCAUCGCCAGAGUCAUGCUGCUGCACAGCAAACUCUUCACCGACGCCUCCUCCCGGAGCAUAGGAGCUCUAAAUAAGGUGCAUUUUAACACCCGGUUUGUGAUGAAAACCCUCAUGACCAUCUGUCCUGGAACGGUGCUGCUGGUCUUCAGCAUCUCUUUGUGGAUCAUUGCUGCCUGGACCGUCCGAGUGUGCGAGAGGUACCACGAUGCCCAGGAUGUCACCAGUAACUUCCUGGGAGCCAUGUGGCUGAUCUCCAUCACCUUCUUGUCCAUCGGUUAUGGCGACAUGGUUCCUCACACGUACUGUGGCAAAGGAGUCUGUCUGCUAACUGGAAUCAUGGGCGCCGGCUGUACGGCCCUGGUGGUUGCCGUGGUAGCCAGGAAGCUGGAGUUGACCAAGGCGGAGAAGCAUGUGCACAACUUCAUGAUGGACACGCAGCUCACCAAGCGGAUAAAGAACGCGGCGGCCAACGUGCUGAGGGAGACCUGGCUGAUCUACAAACACACCAAGCUAAUGAAGAAGAUCGACCACUCCCGAGUCCGCAAGCACCAGCGGAAGUUCCUCCAGGCCAUUCACCAAUUACGCAGUGUGAAAAUGGAGCAGAGGAAACUCAGCGAUCAGGCCAACACACUUGUGGACCUCUCCAAGAUGCAGAGCGUCAUGUACGAGCUCAUGUCCGAGCUGAACGACCGCAGCGAGGACUUGGAGCGUCAGAUGUUGUCCCUGGAGCAGCGCGUGGAGCAGCUGACCGCCGGCUUCAACGCUCUGCCCGCGCACCUCUCUGCCACCCUCAGUGCCCAGCACGCCGCCCUGGUCCACCUUCUGAAAGAGAGAGACGGACGAGACGGAGGCGGAGGAGGAGCCGUGGUUCCUCUCUCUCCCUCCACUUCACUAACCUCCACCCCAGCUGUGGUGUCUCCAGUCCAGGCAGCAGCUCCUGCAGCUCCACUCGCACAGCUCCCCCCUGUGGCCUCUGAAUCCCCCCUGCCAUCCUCACCCUUAACACCCGAGGCGAACCUUGAGACAAGUCCAAACACCUCCAGCUGCUGAGGACCCUCACUUCCAACCCUCCCUGCGAAGACGAGGGGGGAGAGGAGCAUGCUGGACGAGGAAGCCACGAUAAUAAUGGGAUUAAGAUAAAUGGCUCAUUUGAAAGAUGCGACAUGUUCAGGACUUCAGGGCGGAGGAGAGGAAAGAAGAGACAAACUCUAAAGGGUGUGAGGGGGAGGAGGGAUGUCAGGUGGGUGAGCAAUGGAAGUGAGGGGAGGAGCGAACACGGGGAAGGAAGAAUAAUGAUAGGAACUUAGAGCUCCUGAAUGGAAUCCACUCUUAAAAAAAAAAAAAAAAAAAGCUCAAGCAGGCCUUUCUUGCUCUCUGCUAUUAUCUCUCUCUCAUUUUCUUUCCCUCUCUCUCUCCCUCGCUCUCUCAUCAUCAGGAAUUAAUGACCAUGACUUUUUAUCCUUAUGAUGUAUUUUCUAUCUGAAUGCUAAUUGCGUGUUAACUAACAAGCAUCCCUUUAACAGAAAGUUUGAUCAAUACGACCACGGAAAAAAUGAAAAAUAGUGGCUUGCACCACACACACACACUCACACACACACACACACACACAAGCAAAAUCCCUCGCUUCAUCCCGUCAUCCAUGCAAUAGCAGUUUGCACAGCACAAGCCUUUCAUCCGGCGGCACAGCCCUAUUAACACCCACAUAGCAACAUGAAUGCACUAAAGACCACACUGAAGCCGAUACUGCCGAUAAUCAAUGCACUGUCUCAUACACUCAACUGCCAAGCUGCUUUAACAUUUCAUCAGGAGGGCUGACGUCUUUGAACUGUACCGUGACGUGGCAAACUUUAAAUGUCAGAUGUCAACUGGCAGCUCAGUCAAACAGAGUUAAAAUUAAGUAAAUAAAAUGCCUUAUGGUCAGGGAAAAAUGAAAGUUAGAAGUAUUCUUUCAAAAAAUUCAAAUAAGAAUAUAUAACAGCGCAAUAUUUCUGUAAGUCGAGAAAUAAAAUGGGAAUAAGAAUAUAGUUUUAAGUGAAUAUUACAUAUACAUGAUUAAGCCAUAUACUGGGAUAGGAAGUAUUUAUUCAUUUAUUUAUAUGUGACAAAAAUUGAAUUCACUCACCAACACGUUUGACUGUACAGUUUCUAGUGUUUCACUGCCCUUAACAGGUUGUAUCAAAGAAGUGAUUCUAUCACCCUAUGAAGGGUUAAGAUGCAUCUGCAUAUUAAAGUGUGUACAUUUGAGCCUUAAUGAUAGAAAAAAAAAGUUGAACAAUCAUGUGUUUUAGGGUUAGAGUUAUAGAUUUAAAGCAGGGUGCCAAUUGCGUUGAAUUACUUUACGUUCAAUAUGGAUCCAUGCGGUCAUGCCUCUGGUUUACAGUUAUGGGAAGAAUCUCUUUUGUUUUAUUGUCGGACAAAAAUAGCUUGGAGUUAAUUAAAAUUUUAUUUGACAUCUUCAGCAUUUUCCAGCAGAUGUUUUGCUUAUUGGGUCUCAGUGGCCAAUUUGCAGCGUCUUUUUCUGAACCUGCUGCGGAGAGAGAAAUAAUAACACAAUAUAUUAUAUUUAUUUUAUGGGAGGUAGGUCAUUGUGACUCGGUCAUUUAUAAGUAGCUCAUGAGCUGAAAUUGUGUGGGCAGUUUUGAAACCUAUUAAGAGUCCAAAUUUAUAUAUAUAUAUAUAUUUUUUUUUUUUAAAUUAAUUAAAGUUUAAAAAGGCCCAAUUCACUGAAUCAGUGUUUACUAUAACAAUAUCUCAUAGGUAAAUAUAUUCUUAUUAUUAUUAAUAAUAUUGAUAGAUUUAUUUAAAAAAUAUAUAUAUAUAGUUAUCUUCAAAUGUAAAGUUCAUAAGUAAUAAGCAUCUACAAAGAAAUGUUUUGCCUUGAUUUUUUUUCUCUAUUGUUCUAGUUCAGUUGGGGCUCUUUAUUUUUAAAUGAAAUUAAUUCAUUCACUUGUGUUUUAAAGCAGGGUGAAUUUCCUUUGCUUUUUUAUGUAUUCAUGACAAAAAAGAAACAAACAUCGCAGUCUCCUGGGGUCAGAACUGCUGCCGCCCUCUAUGAAAUGCUAAAACAGCUUGCCGUACCACCCAGCACUGCCAAGAGAUGUCGACACACUGUAAACAAAACAAACCACUUAUCUUUUGUGAAUGUGAGUGAAUGCUUUAAUUCAAAGUUACGACACUUUAGCGACUCCGUGGUGCCACUCCGCUGAGCUAAACAAAUCACUGUUUGGGGUAAAACAAGCCCAGAGAAGGCGGCACAAGGGGUGCUGUGGUAAGCACUGACGGCACAUUUCAAUCCUCUGUCUGGAUGGAGCUUGCAUGUUCUUCAUGUGCUAGCAUGUGUGUUCGCUAUUUAUCCAGCAAAAACAUGCAUGGCGGCUCCGGAGAAACCUUGAAACACGAAAGAUAAUCACGAGACGUCCGUCAGAGGUUUGCUUUAUGAUGCAUUCAAGACAACCGUGAACUCAGCAGGCUGGUGAGAAAGAAGGCAGACUAAAGGGCAGUAAGUCUCUCAGUCAGUCUCCUGGUGAAGAAAGAGCUGAGACAUAAGGCUGCAGAGUUGAUCUACACUCAUUGCUAGCUUUGACCAAAAGGAACAAGAUCGCUGGUACUGGUACCCCCCCAGGCUCACUGGACUCUCCCUCAGAGAGAGAGAGAGUGGAGGCCAUAGUCAGGACGAGCCAGAGAAAUCUCAUUGCAAUGCUUGUGUCCCCCUGUAGAGGGUUUAUAAGGGAGCAGGUGCGUUGACUCUCUUGAAAUAAGGAGGAAAAUGAAUCAUAUUUUGACACCUAACUGCCUAGUCUUGCUUUGGAGGAUGAUGUUUCAGACUUCAAAUACUCCUGAGUUCACUGCUGUUUUCAGUGCAGCGUCAGUGAAUGAAUGAACCAGACAUAUUCUUUAUAUAAACCACGCAUCUCAUUUUUACUCUCUCGUUUGGUCAUCAUUUGAAAUAUUAUGAGGUGGACUUGUAAAAACGGAAGGUUUUAUUUAGAUUUAUGGAAUUGCAAUCAAUUAACUGCAUUAAGUGCUUUAUGAUUGAGAUUUUUUGUUAAGUUUAAAAAGGCAUUUAUAAAAACAAGUUUGCACAAUCUCCGCCACUGUUGUUUUAUUGUGUUCAAACAAGUAUCAUUGUUCUUAACCAGGGGUCUCAAACUGGAGUGGGUGCGGGUUUUAGUUCCAACCGAACAAACACCAGGUGUCGGAACAGAAACCUGCACCCACUCUGGCCCUUUGAGGGCCGGUUUGAGGUGACAUAUAGUGGAAGGUUGAAUGAGCUGAUAUUUAAACAGUGCGUGAAUGUCAAGGAGACCCAACUCACUGCUUCUUUUUUUAGUCCCUAAACAAUCCCCUUUUGUCAUGAAUGUAUUCUGUGUGAAGAAACGCUCACUUAAACUGCCACACACACACGCACACACACACCCUUAUAUACACACACCUCAACAACCAAAGUGCUCUCUUUUAAAUGGACUUCAAUAAGAGGCAGGGAACCUGCUGUCACUGGGGACAAAAGACAGCGGGAGGCGUUGCAGAUAUCUCGACAAUAUUUCUGAGGGAACAACUGUGAAAAUCCGGGCAUGGACCUGUUACUCUGCUGUACAUGGACUGCUGCUCCACACAGCUUUAAACGGAUCACGGUGGACUCUGGAUGAACACAAGGGAAUCAAAUCUUAUAAAGGAUGCAUGGCCAUGAGGGAACAGCUGUUCAGGAAUGACUUUUGGUUUAUAUGAAAGGAAUUAUUUUGUGAUGAUGAAAAGAGACUAGCCUACCCUCUUUUAGAGACAAUACUAUCUUUUAGCAACACUCUGUGGCCGGAAUACUGAACUACAUACGCUCGGAAUAUUGUACAGUAUGCUGUUGAUGAAAAAAACUAGCUUUGUAUUGCUUAGUCUUUUCUACCAUUAUGAUUAAACAGUUAUAGCGGAUACCUACUAUUACUAAACUAUAGUAUUCUUCUCAUUCUUCAUGGCAACUACGAUAGGCCUACAUGUAUUAUCAAUAUGAUUAUAUCGACAAGGGAAGUGCCGUUCAAGGUUGAAAUUAUUUUGUAAUUUUAUUUUAUC